CGCUCCCAGGGUUUUCUGGGUGCGCGAAUCUCCGCGUCCUGAGAAACACCGGUAAUGGCGUUCCUGUGUCAGAGGGACAGCUACGCCCGGGAGUUCACCACCACUGUGGUCUCCUGCCGCCCUGCAGAGUUGCAGACCGAAGGAAGCAAUGGCAAGAAGGAAGUGGUGAACGGUUUCCACGUGGUGCUGGAAGACACGCUGCUUUUCCCCGAGGGCGGAGGACAGCCUGAUGACCGAGGUACAAUCAGUGACAUCGCUGUGCUGAGAGUGACCCGCCAGGGGUCCCAGGCUGAUCAUUUCACACAGACACCCCUGACCCCUGGGAGCCAGGUCCAGGUCCGGGUGGACUGGGAGCGGAGGUUUGACCACAUGCAGCAGCAUUCAGGGCAGCAUCUCAUCACAGCGGUCGCUGACCAUCUGUUUGGAUGGAAGACAACAUCAUGGGAGUUAGGACGACUCCGGAGUGUGAUUGAGCUGGACAGUCCCUCUGUGACUACAGAGCAAGUAGCUGCCAUUGAGCAGAGUGUCAAUGAAAAAAUCAGAGAUCGGCUGCCGGUGAAUGUGCGAGAACUAAGCCUGGAUGAUCCUGAGGUGGAGCAGGUGAGGGGCCGGGGCUUGCCAGAUGGUCAUGCUGGACCCAUUCGAGUUGUUACCAUCGAGGGCAUUGAUUCCAACAUGUGCUGUGGGACCCACGUGAGCAAUCUCAGUGAUCUUCAGGUGAUUAAGAUUCUGGGGACUGAGAAGGGGAAGAAGAACAAAACCAACCUGAUAUUUCUGGCUGGGAACCGGGUGCUGAAGUGGAUGGAGAGAAGUCAUGGGACUGAAAAAGCACUGACAAGUCUGCUUAAGUGUGGAGCAGAGGAGCAUGUGGAAGCAGUGAAAAAGCUACAAAACUCGACCAAGCUUCUGCAGAAGAACAACUUGAAUCUCCUCAGAGACUUGGCCGUGCACACUGCCCAUAGCCUCAGGAACAGCCCAGACUGGGGAGGUGUGGUCGUAUUACAUAGGAAGGAGGGUGAUUCUGAGUUCAUGAACAUCAUCGCCAAUGAGAUUGGGUCGGAGGAGACCCUCCUAUUCUUAACUGUGGGCGAUGAGAAAGGUGCUGGGCUCUUCUUGCUGGCAGGACCAGCCGAGGCCGUGGAGAACCUGGGGCCCAGGGUGGCUGAGGUUCUGGAAGGCAAAGGAGCGGGGAAGAAAGGCCGCUUUCAGGGCAAGGCCACCAGAAUGAGCCGGCGGGCAGAGGUGCGGGCGCUUCUCCAGGACUAUAUCAACACGCAGAGUGCUGAGGAGUGAGGACUCAGCAUGCCCUCCCCUGUGCUCCUGCCGUUGAGAACGGGCCUCCUGUGACCACAGAAGGAGCCUGUUGGACAAUAAAAUUGUUUGACUCAAAUGGUUUUGGUCUACACGUGUUUGACUAAUUUGUACAGUAUACCCCAGUGCGAUUAUGCAAGUUAGUAUCUCUUUUUGAAUAAACCAUUUCCUAAUUUGGGCCUUAUUAGGUAUAACCUACAUGAGUAAGCAUUAUGUUGAUGAAAUAUACUGAUUAUCUAAGUCAGUAUCUUUUAACCUACCCUUAAAUUAUGGUGACCCCAUGUGUGUUAUGGUAGAACUGUACUCCAUAGGUUUUCAGUGGCUGAGUUUUCAGAAGUAGAUUGCCAGGCCUUUCUUCUGAGGCACCUCUGAAUGGACUCAAACUCCCAACCUUUUGGUUAGCAGCUGAGCACAUCGGCUGUUUGAGCCACCCAGCCUUGUCAUAAAUGUACCAAUUCAUCUAAACUCAGCUGAAACCUUUCUUAAUGUAGAAGUGCAUUUGCCUAAGGAUAAUGAAAGUCAGUUUGGAGGCUUGACCAAGGGCUUAGACUCAUUCAAGUCUUCUUGUUUUCCUUUUUUUUUUCUUUCUUUUCUCAGUCUAGUGCUUCAGAACUAAAAAGUAUUGAUGACUUUGCAAAUAGGUCAGGAAGCCAGAAAAAUACAUAGUAGAAAGAUAGCCCAAGUCUGUUAUCGAGGAAGUAAAGGGGUGGAAGAAGAUUUAUUGUGCAAGGGUAACUUCAAGAAAGCUGGUAUAGCAAUAUUAAUAUCAGACAAGUUAGACUUCCAGGUAGAAAGCAUUAUUACAGACCAACAGGGACGAGUCAUGAUAAAAGGGUCAAUCCGUGGGAAAAUAAAUUUGUAUACCUUUAAUAACAGCUUCAAAGUAAUAAUGUAGACAUUGACAGAUCUGAAAGGAGAAAUAAGGAGCCCUGGUGUUAGAAAGGUUAAGAGGUUAGCUGCUAACCAAAAGGUUGGUGGUUUGAAUCCACGUAACAGUUCCAUAGGAGAAAGACCUGAAAAUCUGCUCCCUACGGGGCAGUUCUGCUCUGUCAAAUAGGGUAGCUAGGAGUCGAAAUCAACUCAACAGCACCCGACAGCAGCAACAACAAAAGGAGAACUAAAGAAACCCAUAAUCGAUGGAAAACUUAAACUCAUCUUUCAGAAACUGAUAGAACAAUAGGAAGUAUAGUAUCGUGGUUAAGAGCACGGACUUUGAAGUUUUCACAAACCUGGGUAGAAGUCCUGGCUUUUCGCACCUGUAGGUGGUAAAACUAUAAAGAAAAGCAAGGAUGUGAUUACUUUAAAAAGUUAGGACAGCAUUUACCUCUGAGUGGAGGGAGUGAAGUGGCUGUGGGGAAGAGACCCAAUGUAGGGGUGGCUUCUGGGGUGCUGGCAAUUUUCUGUUUCUUGACUUAGGUGGCAGCUCUAUAGGCGUUUGCUUUCUAAUUAUUCAUCAUAGUGUACAUUGAUGUGUUAUUUUUGUGUGGUUAUGUUU